GAUGCGGCUCCAGUUCUCACUGCCAAUGGGUGCCCGAUUUCUUGAAAACCCAAUUAGCGUCUCCUCGGUUCCGGGUAAUAAAGUCCUUCCCAGACACAGAGGUUGCCAGUCAUGGGACCGCGAAUCCUCCUCCUGCUUCUCUCGGGGGUCGUGGUUCUGACCGAGACCCGGGCUGGCUCCCACUCCCUGAGGUAUUUCAGCACCGCCGUGUCCCGGCCUGGCCUCGGGGAGCCCCGCUUCAUCUCUGUCGGCGACGUGGACGACACGCAGUUCGUGCGAUUCGACAGCGACGCUCCGAAUCCGAGGGAAGAACCGCGGGCGCCGUGGAUGGAGCAGGAGGGGCCCGAGUAUUGGGAUCGGAACACGCGGAUAGCUAAGGACACCGCACAGAGUUUCCGAGUGGAUCUGAACACCCUGCGCGGCUACUACAACCAGAGCGAGGCCGGGUCUCACACGUUCCAGUUGAUGUACGGCUGCGACGUGGGGCCGGACGGGCGCCUCCUCCGCGGGUUCUGGCAGGACGCCUACGACGGCAGAGAUUACAUCGCGCUGAACGAGGACCUGCGCUCCUGGACCGCGGCGGACACGGCGGCUCAGAUCACCAAGUGCAAGUGGGAGGCGGCAGAUAAUGUGGAGAGAGAGAGGAACUACCUGGAGGGCGAGUGCGUGGAGUCGCUCCACAGAUACCUGGAGCACGGGAAGGACACGCUGCUGCGCGCAGACCCUCCAAAGGCACAUGUGACCCAUCACCCCAUCUCUGACCUUGAGGUCACCCUGAGGUGCUGGGCCCUGGGCUUCUACCCUGAGGAGAUCUCACUGACCUGGCAGCGUGAUGGGGAGGACCAGACCCAGGACGUGGAGCUUGUGGAGACCAGGCCUUCAGGGGAUGGAGCCUUCCAGAAGUGGGCAGCCCUGGUGGUGCCUUCUGGAGAGGAGCAGAGAUACACGUGCCGUGUGCAGCAUGAGGAGCUUCAGGAGCCCCUCACCCUGAGAUGGACUAAGGAGGGCCAUGGGGCUGGAGCUUCCUCUCAGAUAAAGCAGGAGUCCUCCAGGACUCAGUUCAGCAAUGUCAGGACUCAAGCUGAGGACAGGGCCCCUUCCUUUUCCUCCACAGAACCUCCUCAGACCUCCUGCCUCACCAUAUGGCAUCAUUGUUGGCCUGGUUCUCCUUGUGGCUGUGGUGGAUGGAGCUGUGAUCUGGAGGAAGAAACAUUCAGGCAAUGACAGUGCCCUGGGCUCUGAUGUGUCUCUCACGGUUCCUACAGUGUGAGACAGCUGCCUUGUGGGAACUGAAUGAUGCUCGGUCCUGCUUUGUGAUGUCAGAUCCCAGGACCCCUCUUUCUGCAGCUGCAUCUGAACAUGUCUGUGCUCAUAUUAGCAUAAUAUGAGGAGAUGGGGAGAUUGCCCACCCCUGCUCCCCGCACCUCCUCCCCACCCUGACCUGUGUUCUCCUCCCUCAUCCACUGUCUUGUUCCUGCAGAGACGGGGCUGGGCCAUCUCCACCCCUGUCUUUGCUUCAUAUGCACUGAGUAAUGAUGCCUUAUUUCCUUUUUGAAAAUAAAAUCUGUAUAUAUGAA